AUGGAACCCAAGUUUCCCAGUGAAACCAAUGACAUCCAGCUCCAACGCUCAGUCCACGCCAACGGACAUGGCGUGGACAACAAGGCUUUUGAGAUAGAGGAGGACAACAGAACUGAUACCAGCAGCGUUAACGGGCAGGCUAAAACCCCUAGAAAGGGACUGGGGUCAUACUUGAGCCAAGUUACCAAGCCGCUUAAUGCCACAGAGGAUUACAUCAAGGCUCACUCCAGCACCUUCAAAUACAUUGUGCUGGGCAUACUUGGAGCAGGUUAUGUGGCGUACUUCAUUGCAGCCUGUGUGCUGGAUUUCGAGAGGGCCACUGCUCUUGUAGUCCUAACCAGUUUGGCUGUUUUUAUUCAAUCAUAUGAGCUUGUGAAGGAGUACAAGGGCAAAAGCAUCAGUCGGUGUUUCAGACCAGCAGCUAGAUGCUUUAAAUCUAACUUGAGAUGGAUAAAAUGGAUCUUCAACUUAGCCGUGGUGGUCCUGCUCGUGGUGUGGCUCGUCUUAGACACGAGCCAGCGUCCCGAGCAGCUUAUCUCGUUCGGAGGCGUGUGCAUGUUCGUCCUGCUCAUAUUCCUCUUGUCGGCGCACAGGUCAGCGGUAACAUGGAGGCCCGUGUUUUGGGGUCUCGGGUUGCAGUUCUGUAUUGGCCUUUUUGUUAUAAGGACACAACCUGGACUCGUAGCUUUCCAAUGGCUUGGAAAACAAGUGCAGACAUUCCUCGACUACACCAAAGAAGGGUCAUCGUUUGUUUUCGGAACCCUAAACAAAGAGAUUUUUGCCUUUCAAGCUUUGCCCAUUGUCAUAUUCUUCAGCAGUGUGAUGUCUGUCCUUUACUUUUUGGGAGUAAUGCAGUGGCUCAUCCUGAAGAUCUCAUGGGUUAUGCAGAUAACGAUGGGAACCUCUCCCACAGAGACCUUGAGUGUGGCAGGCAAUAUAUUUGUUGGCCAGACCGAAGCUCCGCUGCUGAUCCGUCCCUAUUUGAAGGACAUGACCAAAUCUGAGAUCCAUGCCGUUUUGGUUGGUGGAUUUGCCACGAUUGCAGGAAGCGUCAUGGGGGCAUUCAUCUCAUUUGGGAUUGAUGCAGCUUCCUUGAUAUCAGCCUCUGUGAUGGCUGCUCCUUGUGCCUUGGCCAUCUCUAAACUUUCUUACCCGGAAACAGAGGAGAGUCCCUUCAAGUCAGACAAGAAUAUCAAAGUGGCUUGUGGAGAUGAACAAAACAUUCUGGAGGCUGCCAGCAACGGAGCAUCUGCUUCAGUAGGCCUUGUUGCUAACAUUGCAGCAAAUUUAAUAGCCUUUCUCGCCAUCCUCGGGUUCAUAAAUCAAGCUUUGAGUUGGAUGGGAGGUAUGCUGGGAUAUCCUGCAAUCACAUUUCAGCUGAUCUGCUCUUACGUGUUCAUGCCUGUGGCCUUUAUGAUGGGCGUACCAUAUGCCGACAGUUUCAUUGUGGCCGAGCUAAUCGGCACAAAGCUCUUCCUCAAUGAGUUUGUGGCUUAUGAGAAGUUAUCUGGAAUGAAGGACAACAGACUCAGCGGACUUGAUGAAUUCAUUAAUGGUGAAAAACAAUGGAUAUCUGUCCGAUCAGAAAUAAUCUCCACUUAUGCUCUUUGUGGGUUUGCCAACUUCAGCUCGCUGGGUAUUGUGAUUGGAGGCCUGUCCUCUAUAUGCCCACCCAGAAGAAGUGACGUCGCGUCUCUGGUGUUGAGAGCUAUGCUCACCGGGACUUGCGUAUCUCUCGUCAAUGCUUCCAUUGCAGGGAUCCUCUUUGUUCCUCCACUUGACUGUGUGGAGCUGCUUAGGGUAUCUGCUGCCAACGCCACCGAUGCAAAUGUGCAAACUUGCUGUGAAGACCUCUUCCUAAACACUGUAAACAAUGGGACCGUCUCAUUUGAAGGAAUUUGGAAAGCAGUAGCAAAUGCCACUGAGCUUUUGUCUACAUGUUGUCAGUGUUGUGGUGUUUCUGCUGUGGAUGUUUGUAAGUAG